AUGAGCGCACAAGGGCAGUUGGGCUCACCCGAGGCCCGGGAGAAGAGGAAGAGCGGGCUUGGCAAGAUGCUAUCCAGGAUGAAAACCGUCCUGCGGAAGGAUAGGCACGAAAGGCCGGUAGCUACUGGCGCUCCCGGUCCGUCGACAGCCCAGCCAUCAUCCGCUGUGCCUAUUCAACCUACCACUAGUGCGCCCCCUCAAACGGCGCCCGAAACUCCAGCUACAUCAAAACAGAUAAAGCCAAAGCCUAAGGAGUUGCCGGGCUCUGUCAAGAUCCCCCGCUUGCAGAUCCACGAGGAGCGCGCGCGGAAGUUGGGAGAGCGUUUUGGGGUAUCGAUUCAACCAACUGCCCGGGACUUGGCUGAGGGAUAUGCGUUGCGCAUCGACAAGCCCAUACGCAUGCGAGUCCGCCGGCAAUGUCACAUGUGUCAAUGUCAAUCCGGCUUCGGGACCACCAAGGAGUGUCCCACUUGCAAGCAUAAGUGGUGUACAGAAUGCACUCGCUACCCCCCGUUCCGCACUGAGGAUGAGCUGGCCGCCAGCAGGGUGAGGCGCGCAGCAAUAAUCAAGGAGCAGCGCGAAAAGGCGCCCAUCGUCCCCGAUUACGCUCUACUGGACUGUAAUCCCAAGAGCGGGCCUACCGUUGUGCUGAAGAAGCCGAGUAAAACGGGAGGUCAGGAGCUUGUGCACAAGAAACCCCGGCAACGGGUGCGAAGACACUGCCAUGAGUGCGGGACGCUCUUCACCGGAGGAUCUAGGGAGUGCUCUCACUGUAACCACGUUCGGUGCACCGAUUGUCCCCGUGACCCACCUAAAAAGGACAAAUACCCAUAUGGGUACCCCGGAGACGUCUUCGGGCCCAACUCGACUCCUUACUACGAAUGUCAUUGCUGCCAGACACGAUUCCCGCCGUCGCCCCAGACGGGCGUCGAAUGCAGCAAAUGCUCGCACAAAAAAUGCGACGAUUGUCCACGACUCAAGCCGCAGAAGGUCGAACCCGAACCAGACCCCGCUAUUGUCCGGAGCAUCACAGCCAAGCUGGAGUCGGUUCGUUUCGACAAAUGA